UACUUGUAAUACUUAAUAUAGAAUAAUUUGAUACCAAAACAUUGCCACAAUCAUAUUUAUUUUCGGUUUUACAUUUUACAAAUAUUUCAGACGCAUCAAAACAUAUCUCACGAGCCUGAACCAAACCUUACUUAUUUUUAUUCAAUCAAAUAUUUCCCCCAAAUUUUAAAUAAUUAGUAUAAUAUUUUAUAUUGCUCCAAUAAAAAAAGUAAUUAUUAAUUUAUUUGGCAAUCCUAUUGAAAAUUUAUUUUGAAUAAAUAUUUUGAAAUACCAUUCAUUUCAUGGUGACGCUGUAACGUUUUACGAGUAAAUUCUAUAAAAGUCAGUUAUUGAUUUCUUAUUUAACAUUGAUUUGCUUUCCAAAUAUUCUUCAUAACUACGAUAUUUUAAGAAUAAAAAAUUUGGUUGAAGCGUAACAUUUUACACAAUGGGUGUUCCAGCUGGCAAUGCGGAGAACGGAAAGAAAAUUUUCAUGCAAAAAUGUUCCCAAUGUCAUCCAAUUGAGAAGGGUGCACGUCAUAAGGUUGGACCAAAUCUGCAUGGUGUAGUUGGAAGAAAGAGUGGUUCAUUCGGCGAUUAUAAAUAUACGGAUGCAAAUAAAAGUAAAGGCGUAACUUGGACUGAAGACGCAUUAUUCGAGUACUUGGAGAAUCCCAAGAAAUACAUACCAGGCACAAAAAUGGUAUUUGCCGGAAUCAAAAAGGCCGAAGAACGAGCUGAUGUUAUUGCGUUUCUUAAGAGCGCUAAGUAAAAUCCAUACUUCUUUAAUCAUAUUCUGCUAUAUUAAUUAAAUAUUAUAUUAUAUUUAAUAAAUUCUAAAUUGAUAUAAUUUCAUUCUUAAA